UUGCCAUCCCUGGCAUAUUCUGAUAAGGAGUCCACAAUGCAGUAGAAGAGAAACUAAAGAGGAGAGAAUAAGGCCAAGAUACGACUGUGUUCAGCAAAUUUUAGAAGUAAAAAAUAGUUGAAGAGGUCUAGGGAUCUGAACUGGCUGAAGAAGACAGCAGAAUGCUGUUGAAGACCAAACAAGGGCAUGAAGUCUUCCCAGAGUGCAAGCUGUGGGCACAAGGGUCAUUUAUUGUGUUUUUGAAAGAAUCCACAUUAACGCGAGUACAGAAUAGCAUGGACACCGAAGGAUUCCCCCCACCACCACCACCUGAAGUUUUAGACAAUGAAUUAACAUCCAGUGUUGCUAAUGAGGAGGAGGAGGAAGACGAGGAAGAAGGAGAACAGUUUGACUUUGAUAGUGGAGAUGAGAUCCCAGAAGCAGACAGACAAACCAUUUUGCCAUCCAAUUUGGAGUCAAACAAUAAUAUGGAACCAGAAGAGAUGAGUUCCACAGGGAACGAAAAUGUGGAGGGAGCUGAAAAGAUGCAGAGAGCUGGAGCGAGUACAGAGGGGGUCCUGCCAAGAGUAAGCCCAUACUCAGUCAUAACCAUUUCACCAGUGCAAGAAAAGGAGCCAUCGCUGUCACCAGAGCCAAGUCCACAAGAAGGAAGUAUAAGCCCUACCUUCUCCAGCGGAUACUCUGUUCCAGUACCCUGUGGCUAUGCUGUGCCAUCCAAUUUGCCACUAAUACUUCCAGCCUAUUCUAGUCCUGUUAUAAUACGCAGCAUAUCCGUAGACGAAGAAGCAAAUAUUCACAUAGUAGGUGAGGAUUGCCAUUCCAAUUCUCAGUGUUUGGAAGAACCUCAGAGCAGUGAAGAUAAUCAGGAGAAUAAAGCUGAUGACGCCUUAGCCAAAUGGGCUGCUGAUCCUGCAAACACAGAGUGGAUGGAGAAUCCAGAUGAAGUAAUAUAUGAUAUGGUACCAAGAGAAAAUUCAGACUCUGAACCAGAGGAGAUGAUUUACGAUGAUGUUGAGAAUGGAGAUGAAGGUGGAAAUAGCUCUCUUGAAUACGGGUGGAGUUCAAGUGAGUUUGAAAGCUAUGAAGAACAGAGUGACUCAGAGUGUAAAAAUGGGAUGCCCAGUUCUUUUCUGCGUGGCAACCACAGAAGACAACUUUCUCAUGAAAUAACCCGUUUAAAGGAGCACUAUGAAAAAAAGAUGAAAGAUUUGAUGGCAAACACGGUGGGAGCAGUAGAGAUUCAGCAACUAAAGCAAAAACAUGAGCUGAAGAUGCAAAAGCUCAUGAGGGCAGCCAGGGAAGGCACCAAAGACGGCCUCGAAAAGACUAAGGCUGCUGUGAAGAAAGGUCGCUCAUUCAUUCGCACCAAGUCAUUUAUUAGUCAAGAUCAUCGAUCAACCUGUCUGGAAGAAGAGGAGCUAUUUAUUGAUGUGGACUGUAUGCACACAGAGGCAAUCAUGACUCCUAUGCCUGAUGGAUUAUCACAACAACAGGUGGUGAGAAGAUAUAUUUUAGGUGCUGUGGUUGACAGUGAGAAAAAUUAUGUGGAUGCUCUCAAAAGGAUCCUGGAGCAAUAUGAGAAGCCUUUUUCAGAGAUGGAACCUAAAUUAUUGAGUGAGAGAAAAAUAAAGAUAGUAUUUUAUCGAAUAAAGGAAAUUCUUCAGUGCCAUUCAAUGUUUCAGAUAGCAUUGGCCAGUCGUGUCUCUGAAUGGGAUUCCGUCGAAAUGAUUGGAGAUGUCUUUGUUGCAUCAUUUUCGAAGUCUAUGGUGCUGGAUGCCUACAGUGAGUAUGUAAACAAUUUUAGCACUGCUGUGGGAAUCCUCAAGAAAACAUGCGCCACAAAGCCAGCCUUCCUGGAGUUUUUAAAGCAAUGCCAAGAAUCUAGUCCUGAUAGAAUUACCCUCUAUGGCUUAAUGAUGAAACCCAUACAACGCUUUCCUCAGUUCAUCCUCCUGCUACAGGAUAUGUUGAAGAACACUACCAAAGGCCACCCUGACAGGCUGCCUCUGCAGAUGGCACUCACAGAGCUUGAGACGUUGGCAGAGAAGCUCAAUGAAAGGAAAAGGGAUGCAGAUCAGCGUUGCGAAAUAAAGCAAAUAGCAAAAGCCAUGAAUGAACGUUAUCUGAACAAGUUACUCAGCAGUGGGAACAGAUACCUCAUCCGAACUGACGACAUGCUUGAAACUGUUUAUAAUGACAAAGGAGAAAUUGUCAAAACCAAAGAACGACGGCUGUUCAUGCUAAAUGACGUAUUAAUGUGUGCUACUGUGAAUGUCCGCUCUUCCCAUGAAAGUAGUGGCAUCGUGACUGGCCAAAGAUACUUAUUAAAAUGGAGCGUGCCCCUUGGGCAUGUAGAUGUCAUUGAGUAUGGGAGCAGCGAGGGUCAAGAUGAGAACUGCAGGUUUUCUUCACAGCAUCCAUCAGAGAAUAUAGUUGCUAAUGCCAAGCCAAACAAGCUUUAUAUGGGACCAGGGCAAUUGUACCAUGAUUUGCAGAAUCUCUUGCAUGACUUGAAUGUGGUUGGCCAAAUCAGCCAGCUGAUAGGCAGUCUUAAAGGCAACUACCAGAAUUUAAAUCAGUCUGUGGCACAUGAUUGGACCUCAGGUUUGCAGAAGCUUAUUUUGAAAAAAGAAGAUGAAAUAAGAGCUGCAGACCGCUGUAGGAUUCAACUUCAGCUUCCAGGGAAGCAGGACAAAUCAGGACGGCCUACUUUCUUCACAGCAGUAUUCAAUACGUUUACCCCUGCCAUCAAACUGUCUUGGAUCAAGAAUUUACAAAUGGCUAAGCUUGCCCUUGCUGAGGAGAAUCUGCAGGGUUGGUUCUGUAUAGAUGAUGAUGGGAAUCAGAUAAAAAGAGAGAAGCAUCCUCUUCUUGUUAAGCAUAUGCCCGUGAUGAUGGCCAAGCAGCAGGAAUUUAAGGUUGAAUGCGCUGCUUAUAAUCCUGAACCAUACUCAUGUGAAGAAACUGAUCCGGAUUCUCUUUCUGCAGAGCAUGGAUUUUUGUGGAUUGGCAGUUGUACUAAUCAAAUGGGCCAAAUAGCCAUUGUAUCAUUUCAAAACUCCAGUCCAAAAGUUAUUGAAUGCUUCAAUGUGGAAUCAAGAAUUCUGUGCAUGGUCUAUAUUCAAGGAGAAGAGAAACAUAAUGAAUCAAAUGUGUCACCAGAGUCCGAAAAUACACCUGCAAAACAUUCCAGUGUGCCUACCAUUUGCCUGGGCAUGGAAGAAGGAAGCAUCUCAGUUUACAAAAGCAGUCAAGGCUCAAAGAAAGUCCGCCUUCAACAUUUCUUCACUCCGGAGAAGUCUACUGUUAUGAGUCUAGCCUACAAGACCAACCACUUGUUUGCUGGCCUUGUCAAUGGGAACAUUGCCAUCUACACGAAGUUGGAAGAUGGAGCCUGGAACUCCGAACCUCAGAAGGUAGUGAAGCUGGGCGUUCUUCCAGUAAGAAGUCUGCUUGUCAUGGAAGAAACCAUCUGGGCUGCUUCUGGAGGACAAAUUUUUAUAAUUAGUACUGAGACCCAUACUGUGGAGUGCCAUUUUGAAGCUCAUCAGGAGGAAGGGAUGGUGAUUUCUCAUAUGGCUGUUGCAGGAGUUGGAAUCUGGAUUGCCUUCACCACAGGAUCUACUCUUCGCCUUUUCCACACCGAAACUCUUAAGCAUCUCCAAGACGUCAACGUUGCUACUCUGGUUCUCAACAUGUUGUCAGGACAGCAACGUGUUUCUGUGACCAGCCUCCUAGUAUGCCAUGGCUUACUACUGGUUGGAACAAAUCUGGGGAUUAUAGUAGCACUCCCAGUUCCUCGUUUGCAGGGAAUCCCAAAAGUAACUGGAAGAGGAAUGGUCUCCCACCAUGCGCAUAAUGGCCCUGUUAAAUUUCUUGUAAUGGCCUCUGUGACAAACAAGCGAAGCAAAAGCAAAUCCAGGCAUAGUUUGAAUCGUCCUCAUUCCGGACUGAAAGAUGAAGAUCAAAAGAAUAUUGUUCAGAAUGAGAGGCCUAGUUCUCUAAGCAACCCAAAUGAAAGUGCUAUUUGGCUGGGAGGUUCUGUAGGAUCCAUUGCUCAAAGAAGUGACUUGUCUUCCUCUUCUGGGUCUCUGACAUCAAGCACAACUGAACACAAGCCUGAGGAGAGUGCCAUCUAUGAGCUUUUGAAAGAAGUCUCUAUUAACCAGAGUAGGAAACGCCAUUCUAAAGAAGGGAAAGCAAUCUCUGUCUUAGUCAUCUCUGGAGGACAGGGACACAGAAGAGUCAACAAGAAGUCUAAGCAGCAGCGACCAGAUGAACUAGUUUCGUCUGUGAUGGUUUGGCAGAUUCCACUAUUAAAGAUCUAAAAUCCUGACCCAGUGUGACUUUGUCAAAGACAUCUGCUUUAAUUUAGAAAGUCUAAUUUUAUUAUGAUGAAGCUUCUUCAGAAGAGAAUUCUGGUGUCAUCAUCUCAGAAUGAGUUCUUCGUUAAAUGCCACUUCUUGCAAAAGUCUACUCAUAACUAGUAUAUGUUGAGGUUGGUGAGGUGGCCUACUUGUUUAAUCUUCCUAAAGCUAUCCUAAGAAAUGUCUUUCAGAACUGAAUUUGAAAAUGUUUAAUGAAUGGUUGAAGUUCUGUAACAGAAAUAUGAUUUUUAAAGGUAUUUUUUACAAUUUUGCCAUUAUUAUUUAUAUUCAAAUUUUAUGGGCUUGAUAACACUAAAUGAGGGAAAGGAUCGACUAGCAUCCCAUUGAUGGAUAUUUCUUGGGUAUUGUAGUUCUGUUCUUUUUACCAAACAUUUUUGAACAAUAAUUAUACACUAGCUUAAUUCUAGAGGGUCAAGAAACAUGUAAUAUAUUUCCUCAAUGAAGAGUUAGGCAAAACAAAAACAAAAAAAUAUAUAGCUUGGUUAAAUACAACCUUAAAUUUAUAUCCUUUGAAAGAAACAGUUAAAACUAAUUUUAAUGUUUAGUAUUUAAAAUAAAUGUUGCAGAAAAUAAAUGUUGAAAUAUGAUA